UUUCGGGGGACACUGGGGAAAAUUUUCGUGUACUAAUUGGUCUCCUGCCGUGACGUCCGCCCUUUAAAAACCCACGCGUGCUCAGCGCGUGCUUCAUGUUUUAGUCGCGCUCGAUGAAUGAAGGACAUGGCCUUUUCUCUUCUCCGCUACAUCCUGUCGGCUCAUGGAUCUACGGAGUCUACAAAUCAGGAAUUUCAGCCCUGGAAGGAUUACAUGGGUCUGGCAGACAUGAUCAGAGGUAUGCAGCGGCCAGCAGAGCAGUCAGACGCGGACGAUGACCAGAGCGAGCGAGCCGCCGCCGCGCACCUGGAGUCUCCAAGCGGCCCGACGGGAGCGCACGCGACCGUGUCGACGGAGAAAAGAAACCCGGAACGCGGCAGGAGGACCAGUAGCCCAUCCGAGAAAAAGUUCUGCAGCUUCUGCAAACACAACGGAGAGACUGAAGCGGUGUUUACCUCACACUGCUUAAAAGACCGCGCUGGAGACGUGAUGUGCCCCUACUUGAGCCAGUACGUGUGUCCCCUGUGCGGAGCCACCGGGGCCAAAGCGCACACCAAGAGAUUCUGCCCGCUCGUGGAUGAAGCUUACAGCUCCGUGUACGCCAAGGCAACAUGGUGAACCGGGCAUUUCUGACCCACGGAAGACCUGGCCACGGUAAACGAGAAAAUUAGAUUGAACAUUUUUACGAGAGGUUUUAAUAUUUAAGUUUUAACUGUUUGAUUCGUAAUGGCUUGUGUGUAAGUUUGCAUGCACGUGUGCUUCCACGGUUCGAUUGUGCACUUUUAUCUUCCUCUGUUUCUUUAAAUUGUGUGCAGUGGUGUUGUGUGUUUCACUGUUUUUCUUUUCAACAAACUUGUACACAAGCAAAUAGGCUCGCUACAGGUGCAACCGCGUUUAACCACUGUCUGUACAAAAACUAGCUUGCCCUUGUUUAAUUUGAUAAAGACAUUAUUUGAUAAUACUUUUAUUGUGAUACUCUGUGGUACAAUAUAGAUUAUAAAACUUUUAAUGUUAAUAUUUAGGUGUGUUUUACUGUUGAGGGCUGCCUGUGUUUUGCCUCAAUAACAAAAAACUAAAUCUUGUUUUAUUUCUCUCUCCACUACAUUUAUAUUUCCUCUUAUGUUUGAGAACAUGCUCAUCAGGUUUUGUUCGGAUGGCAUCAGGAAAUUCAUGUACAUUUCUGUUUAAAAUGAUGUUGUACUUUGUGAUGGAACAAAAGAAAAUGAACAGAAACCUGUUCAGUGGACUUUUGGAAAUCUGUGUGUACGGAUCACAGCACUUCAACUGAAAUUGGUUUAGUUUGACCAUUUUUGAUGUCUGGUUUUACAAAACAUGAUUUGACAAUCAAACAGCACAACAACAUCAGGAAUGAGUCAUUUAUGCAGAAUGUGUUUUGAACAAGAAUUUGGACAGAUUUAUGGCUGGACCUUUGAAGACAGGUUGCUAAGGUUACGACCCUUCAGUCUGGGGGUCACACUCUGUGAUUGACAGAAUUACAAUGUUUAUUUCUCUGCUUGAACCUCCUAAGAAAAGUGUUAACUUUGCCUUGCUAAAACAGAGCAACUCUAUGCAAGUUGUGCUUUUGCUCUUCAACCCAGACUUCAAACAAGUGUAACAGAUCUGUUGUGAACAAGUGACUGCUGGCAAACUCUGACUACAGCUAAAUCACUCUGAACGGCUUAGUGCGAAUAUCUACAUACUGUGUUUUUUUUUUUUUUUGUUUUUGUUCUCUACACUAUCUUUUCUGCCUUGCUCCCUAAAUCCAGUCUUCCU